AAGACGGAGGCGUGCCACUUCACGAGGAAGAGAACGGAUGCGAAUCCGCCCCUCGAUCUCGGGAAGACACCCUUCACCGGGGACUCACCUUUGCAACCGGUCGAAGUGCUGCGGCACCUGGGCUUCAACUAUCUGGACCGGAAGCUAACCUUCCAUUACCACGUGCGUGUGUAUGCCACACCGGCGCGCGCGCUCGCG